AUGUUGCCUGUGUCCCCGGAGGUGAAGCCCAACCCCCUGCAGAACGCUAACUUCUGCUCGCGCCUGUUUGUCUGGUGGCUAAACCCCUUAUUUAAAAUGGGUUACAAGCGGAAACUAGAACCAGAUGACAUGUACUCGGUGCUUCCGGAAGAUCGCUCCCAGCACCUCGGAGAAGAGCUGCAAGGAUACUGGGAUCAGGAAGUUAAGAGAGCCCAGAAAGACGCACAGGAGCCUUCCUUAAUGAAAGCAAUCAUAAAGUGUUACUGGAAAUCCUAUUUAAUUUGGGGAAUGUUUGCAUUUCUUGAGGAAGGCACCAGAGUAGUUCAGCCCAUAUUUUUGGGGAAAAUGAUUAGUUAUGUUGAAAACUCUGAUUCCACCAAUUCUGUCACUUUGAAAGAAGCCUACGCCUACGCCACAGUGCUGAGCACCUGCGUGCUCGUGUGGGCCGUUCUGCACCACUUGUACUUCUAUCACAUUCAGCGUGUGGGGAUGAGGCUGAGAGUAGCCGUGUGCCAUAUGAUCUACCGCAAGGCCCUUCGCCUAAGUAGUUCAGCCAUGGGGAAGACCACCACAGGCCAGAUAGUCAACCUGCUGUCCAACGAUGUGAGCAGGUUUGACCAGGUAACAGUGUUCCUGCACUAUCUGUGGGUGGGACCACUGCAGGCUAUUAUCGUGACCGCCCUGCUCUGGAUGGAAAUGGGAAUGUCAUGUCUUGCUGGGAUGGCAAUUCUUGUUGUUAUUCUACUUUUGCAAAGCUGCAUUUGGAAGUUGUCUUCGUCACUCUGGAGUAAGACUGCAGCUCUCACAGACAACAGGAUCCAGACCAUAAGUGAAAUUAUAACUGGCAUCAGAACAAUAAAAAUGUAUGCUUGGGAAAAGUCAUUUAUAGAUCUUAUUACCAGUUUGAGAAGGAAGGAAAUUUUCAAGAUUCUGAGGAGUUCCUUCUUUAGGGGUGUGAAUUUGGCAUUAUUUUUCACUGUAAGCAAAAUCAUGAUUUUUGUCACCUUCACGGCCAAUAAUAUCCUUGACAACCUGAUCACAGCCAGCCAAGUGUUUGUGGUGGUGAUGCUGUUCGAGGCUCUGCGGUUUACAAGCAUCCUCUACUUCCCCAUGGCCGUUGAGAAGGUGUCAGAGGCUGUUGUCAGCAUCCAAAGAAUCAAGAACUUUCUGUUACUUGAUGAGAUAUCACAGUGCUACCCUCAGCUGCCAUCAGAUGGCGAAAUGAUAGUGGAUGUGCAAGACUUUACAGCUUUUUGGGAAAAGGAAUCAGGAACCCCAACCCUACAAGGCCUUUCAUUUACUGUCAGACCUGGUGAAUUGUUAGCUGUGAUUGGACCUGUGGGAACAGGAAAGUCAUCACUGCUGAGCGCUGUGCUAGGGGAGCUGCCCCCAAGCCAAGGGAAGGUCAGCGUACACGGGAGGAUCGCGUAUGUUUCUCAGCAGCCCUGGCUGUUCUCAGGAACUGUGAGGAGUAACAUUUUAUUUGGGAAGAAAUAUGAAAAAGAGCGAUAUGAAAAAGUAAUAAAGGCUUGUGCUUUGGAAGAGGAUUUACAGUCUUUUGAGGAUAGAGAUCUAACUGAGAUAGGAGACAGAGGAACCACACUGAGUGGAGGGCAGAAAGCCCGGAUCAACCUUGCAAGAGCCGUGUAUCAGGACGCAGACAUCUACCUCCUAGACGAUCCGCUCAGCGCAGUGGAUGCAGAAGUCAGCAGACACUUGUUUGAACAGUGUAUUUGCCAAACCUUGAGCAAGAAGAUCACAAUUCUAGUGACACAUCAGUUGCAGUACCUAGAAGAUGCAACUCAGAUUCUGAUACUGAAAGAUGGCAGAAUGGUGCAAAAGGGAAUUUAUGCUGAAUUUCCAAAACCUGGGAUAGAUUUCGAAGACAUCCUUUUGAAAACAGAGAAUGAGAAGGCUGAACUACCUCCAGGUCCAGGAACUCCCACUCUGAGGAAGUGGUCCUCCUCUGAGUCUUCAGUCAUUACAGUUCAGUCAUUACAGUCUUCUAGCCCCUCAUUGAAAGAUGCGGCUCCAGAAGACAAAGAUACUGAGAAUAUACAGGCUAUACCAUCACUGGAGAGCUGUUCAAUAGGAAUGGUUGGUUUUAAGAUCUACAAAAAUUGCUUCAGAGCUGGUGCUCACUGGUUCAUCAUCAUUUUCCUUAUUCUAAUAAAUGUUGCAGCUCAGGUCACCUACAUCCUGCAGGACUGGUGGCUUGCAGACUGGGCAAAUGAAAGGAGUACCAUAUAUGCCAUGGUCUUUGGACAAGGAAACAUGAUUGUGAUGCCUGAUCCUGACUGGUACUUAAGAACUUAUUCAGGUUUAAUGAUAGCUACCGGCCUUUUCAGCAUCACGAGAUCUCUGUUGUUAAUCUACGUCCUUGUUAAUUCUUCACAAACUUUGCACAAUGAAAUGUUGGAGUCUAUUUUGAAAACUCCGGUAUUGUUCUUUGAUAGAAAUCCAAUAGGAAGAAUUUUAAAUCGUUUCUCCAAAGACACUGGGCAUAUGGAUGACUCGUUGCCCCUGACAUUUCUUGAUUUCAUCCAGAUGUUUCUAUUUAUGACUGGUGUGGCGGGUGUGAUGGUGGGUGUGAUUCCUUGGAUUGCAAUACCCGUGAUUCCCCUUGGCAUCAUUUUCUUCCUCCUUCGGAUAUAUUUCUUAUGGACGUAUGGAGAUAUCAAACGCCUGGAAUGUACAACUCGGAGCCCGGUGUUUUCCCACUUAGCAUCUUCUCUCCAAGGACUCUGGAGCAUCCGGGCGUACAAAGCUGAACAGAGGUUUCAGGAAGUGUUUGAUGCACACCAGGAUUUGCACUCAGAGGCUUGGUUCUUGCUUUUGACCACAUUUCAAUGGUUCGCCGUGCGUCUGGAUGUCAUCUGUGCCGUCUUUUUCAUUAUCAUUUGUUUUGGGUCCCUGAUGCUGGCAAAAACUUUGAAUCCAGGGCAGUUUGGCAUAGUGCUUUCUCUUGCCCUCACAUUCACAUGGAUAUUCCAGUGGUGCGUCAGACAAAGUGCUGAAGUUGAGAAAAUGAUGGUGUCAGCAGAAAGGGUGGUUGAAUAUAUGGAGCUUGAGAAAGAAGCACCCUGGGAAUACGAGUAUCGUCCGCCACUGGACUGGCCCCAUGAAGGAGAGCUUGCCUUUGAGGACGUGAACUUCAGGCAUACCUUAGAUGGGCCUCUGGUAUUGAAGGAUCUGACAGAAUGCACCGACUCAAAAGAAAAGACGGGCAUUGUGGGAAGAACUGGAGCUGGAAAAAGUUCCCUCGUCGCUGCGCUUUUUAGAUUGUCAGAACCCAGAGGUGGCAUUUGGAUUGAUAAUAUCUCAAUAACCAGUAUUGGACUUCACCAUUUAAGGAAGAAAAUGUCAGUUGUACCUCAGGAAGCUGUUUUAUUCACUGGAACCAUGAGGAAAAAUCUGGAUCCCUUUGAUGAGCAUACAAAUGAGGAAUUGUGGAAUGCCUUAGAAGAGGUACGACUCAAAGAAAUCAUUGAAAGUCUUCCUGGUAAGAUGGAUACUGAAUUAGUAGAAUCAGGAUCAAACUUGAGUGUUGGACAAAGACAACUGCUGUGCCUUGCCAGGGGUAUUCUCAGAAAAAAUCAGAUACUGAUUAUUGACAAUGCCACAUCACAUGUGGAUCCAAGAACUGAUGAGUUAAUACAAAAAAACAUUCGUGAGAAAUUUUCCCAGUGCACUGUGCUGACCAUCACCCACAGGUUGAGCACCAUUAUUGACAGCGAAUGGAUGAUGGUUUGGGAUUCAGGGAGACUGGAUGAUUAUGAUGAGCCAUAUUGCAUGUUGCAAGAAAGAGACAGCCUGUUUUACAAGAUGGUGCAACAACUGGGUGAAGCUGAGGCCACUGCUCUCACUGAAAGGGCAAAACAGGUGCACCUCUAAAGAUAUCACUCAUGGUGACCAUGUGAUUAUGAACACUACAGUGGACAGCCUUCAGCCUUAACAAUUUUUGAG